AUGUCUCACACCAUUUUGCUGGUACAGCCUACUAAGAGGCCAGAAGGCAGAACUUACACUGACUAUGAAUCUGUGAACAAAUGCGUGGAAGGCAUUUGUAAAAUGUAUGAAGAACAUUUGAAGAGAAUGGAUCCCAAUAGCCCCUCUAUCACAUACAAUAUCAGUCAGUUGUUUGAUUUUAUCAAUGACCUGGCAGACCUCAGCUGUCUGGUUCACGGAGCCAAUACCCAGACAUACCAGCCUUAUAACAAAGACUAG